GGUCUUCGGCGACCCCUGUGAAAGGGUCGCGACCCACAGGUUGAGAACCACUGCAAGAUGGUGGGUAAUGAAGGGUGCUUGGGCUUUGAAACCUGACAAGCCUGAGCCCUCACCUUUGCACCCCACGGAGACUUCAGCUCCCUCCACUGAAAACGGAAAGGAUCUGCUGGAGAGUAAGUAACAGGCGUGGGGUGCUAGACACGAAAGUCCCUGGAAUGAUGAAUGAACUGCAGGGUUAAAGAUCUUCUGGGAUUCCUGCUACAUACACCCAGACCCACCGCCUGCGAAUGCUUGUUGGUUCCGCUCCGUCCUUCCGGCAGGGGGCAGCAGACCCCAGCCCCAGGCUCAGGGCCAGAGCAAACGCAAGGCAGAUGGAACCAGCAGCCAGACGACCCCUCCCGGGAUGCUGAAGGCCUACCUGGCUGGCCCUCUGCCCUCCGCGGGGCGGGGCGGGGCGGAGCCGCACUUGACCGUGGACGGAGGGACGCUGCGCAUGCGCGCCUCGGGAAGGCACCGCCCAGAACCCGCCGCUGCUGUCGAGAUCCGGCAAAGUGGGGCGCAGGCCACCAGGACCACUUCCGGACUUCAGAUACUGAGGAUUUUUCAGUGUUGCCUCCUUUUCAGGGCCAUCGUCUCCUCCUGUGCCCCGGAUUUCCUCCCCAAAGACCCUUCCGCACAAAGUUGUGCUUUCUCUCUUGCUCUACGACUGCAGCCUUGCCAAUGGACCUUGUUGGUUUUGGUUAUGCAGCCUUUGUGACAUUUGGAAGUAUUGUGGGAUAUAAGCGGAGAGCACUGUGGAUAUGCAUUUGAUGGGAGAAUAAUGAUGGCACCAAAUUAAGACCUGCGAACAACUACAUAAAAGUUGAUGUUUCAUAAUCUACUUUAAAGAGUGCUCAGUGUAAAAUCCUAAUAGGAUUGUUAUUGAAAAAAUGUUUUCAUUGUCAAAGACAUAUUUAAAUAACCUCUACUACAGAAUAGGAAAGAUCAUCUGGACA